GCCGUGGCAACCGAGAUGCACGAGUGAUGAAAUCGUGCCGAGAGACUGCACGUCCUAGAUUGUUACACUAGGUUCACGUCGCUCAUGGCGAACCUUACCCUACAUGGCAGGAGUCAAGGAACUCAAUUGCGCGAAAUGCUUCUGUGGCGCCUUCUUUGCUUGUAAGCGGGGAAUUAUGUGCGCUGUAAGUGGUGGACAGGCUCUGGACAGAUCAAAGCUCAGGAUGGUUAUCAUUGCAAUGUAACCGUAGGCGGGCCUUGUAGUGCAGAUAGCACUCGGCGUGAGCGAGCAGGUAAGUGCUGCUUCAUGGGUCCAUAAAUGCGGCAGCGCGCAUCUUGCCCUCCUCUGUCUCCUAUGGACAUCCUCUUAGUUCUGUCUCUACUAAGCGUCGUUGAACUCUGAUCGCCAUCAUGUCGGGCGUUACAGAGGUCAUUGACCGUCCGGUCAUGCUUAUGGGCAACAUCAACCCCAAUGUUCCUCCUCUUACCGAGAAGCAGAACACCUUCCGGCCAUCUCACAAUGGCAGCGAAGACAAGUCUUCCACCUCUGACGAACCCGAGUUCACCGAUGAGAAGGUCGGCAAGACCUACGCGGGUGAGAUGGAGGAGGUCGAGAUGGACGAAGAGCCAGUGAUCGAUCCAUUCGUGCCUUUCGACGACUUACCAGAGGAGAGGCAACGCAUUGUCACCUUCCGUGCCAUGUUCGUUGGCUGCAUCUGCGGUGCUCUCGUCAACGCUUCGAACCUGUACCUUGGCCUCAAGUCUGGCUGGACAUUUGGUGCCUCGCUCUUCGGCUCGAUCGUUGGGUUUGCCGUCAUCAAGUCAUUGUCGCGGGCUCUCCCCGAGAGUUUCCCUAUCCUUGGGGGCUCGUUCGGACCAAGAGAAAAUAACAUCGUUCAGACCGCGGCAACAGCUUCUGGUGGCCUGUCGUCCGUCUUCAUCUCUGGUAUCCCUGCGCUCUACCAACUUGGCCUUCUUACGAACCCGCAAGAAGAUUUCCCGCGUCUGAUCGCUCUAACGAUUGUUGGCGGGUACUUCGGCUUCCUGUUCGCUACACCGCUACGCAAAUUCUUCAUAAUAUACGUGGCCCGUGAACUGAAGCUUAUCUUCCCAACGCCGUCUGCGACUGCCAUGACCAUUCGUAGCAUGCACGCUGCUUCAUCUGGCGAGGCCAUUGCGAAGAUGAAGAUGAAGGCGCUUGGCUACGCGUUCUCCGUCGGUUUCUUGCUUCGCGUUGUUUCCCAGUACGCAACGGGCCUGUUGUGGGAUUGGCAUAUUUUCACUUGGUUUUACAUCUGGGGUCACCACAACAAUCUUGCGCUCAACGUGGAGAACUGGGGCUGGAUUAUCGAAUGGACACCCGCCUUCAUCGGUGUUGGUAUCCUGGUCGGUCUCAACACUGCAAUUUCCUUCUUCGCCGGUUCAGUCCUCGCCUGGGGAAUCAUCGGUCCUGCUUUGGUGCACAAUGGCGCCGCUUUCGGCAAGAACUACUUCAAGCCUACUUCGCCGGAGUGGGAGCACUGGUCUGGCAUGGUCAACUUCGCGAGUAUGUCUGGUAGCUCUGUCACCAAGGAGACUCCGUCGCCACGCUUUUGGUUGCUGUGGCCGGGCGUGUUACUCAUGAUCGUCGUCAGCUUCACAGAAUUGGCCCUACAAUACAAGGUAUUCUACUUCAUCUGCAAGGCCGUUUGGCGCGGUACAUGUGAAGCAUUUGCCAACUUGAUGGCGCGUACUGGCAAGCAGUCCGAUUUCCUCGCCAAACAAGGAGGCCAAAAUGAGGAAGAUCUUGUCCAGGAUCCAGCCCAGCCCCACGAGCUGGUCAAGUGGUGGAUGUGGGCUCCACUCCUCGUCAUCGUUAUCAUCUGCUCCUGCGUUGUUCUGGGAGUGCAGUAUGGAAUGCCUGUAGGCAUGUCACUGCUCUCCGUCUUCCUGGCCUUCUUCUUCAGCUUCUUGGCCGUUCAGUGCUCUGGCGUGACGGACAUCACACCACUUACUGCCGCGUCGAAGGCUUCUCAGAUUGUGCUUGGUGGCGCAACCAAGGGCGAGCAUUGGCCGGUCGAGCACGCUCAGCGCCUCAACCUUCUAGGUGGCUCGCUCGCGUCCAUGGGUGCCAAUCAAGCUUCGGACUUGGUGGGAGACUUCCGUGUUGGCUUCCUGCUCCGCACUUCGCCAGUUCAGCAGUUUAUCGCCCAGGGUCUGGGCACGAUCGUCGCCGUCUUCCUGGCUCCGGCGCUCUUCAUGCUCUUCGUCAAAGCGUACCCUUGCAUUAUCGACCUGGAAGCCGAGACCUGCCCAUUCAGUGGUCCAUCAAUCGCCGCAUGGCGCGCCGUCACUGUCGCCAUCACCGAUCCAACCUUCCCUGUCCCGACCAGCUCCGGCAUCUUCUCCAUUGUCUUCGCCAUCUUUGGCGCCAUCAUGAUCCUGAUCCGCCACUAUGCCUACACCGGCAAGUGGGCCAAGUACAGGAUCUACCACCCGAACAUGAUGUGUAUCGGUCUUGCCUUUGUGCUGCCGCAGACCUACUACGGCACCGCCAUGGUUAUGGGUGCGGUACCUGCGUACUUCUGGGCAAAGCGGAACCCGAAACACUUUGACAUCUACGGAUACGCUGUGGCUGCUGGUCUCAUUGCUGGAGAGGGCAUUGGUGGUGUCAUCAACGCCAUCUUCCAGAUUGCUGGCAUUGCUGGUCCAGACCCGUACGGGACCCAGAUUGCCUGCCCGGCGUGGUCCUGCUAGAUGGUUUAGGGGGUUGUAAGGAUGGAUGUUGAUAGUGGUGAGAGUUUAAAGAAACCUCGAAGACAGGUAAUGUAUCGAUCAUGAUUUAUGACCUUCUACCUUGUCGGUUCGGUUGCUUGAGAUACUAUAUAGCACGUUCAAGAAGACGACGUUGUGUCUGCGAACUGUAUAGACAUCUAAUCACCC